GUCCUUCAGACACAGCGGAUCACCGAUCACGGAAAGAGCCAAAGAUGUCGGCUCGGUCAUGUGAUCAGCUGUGUCCAAUCACAGCUGAUCACAUGGGACAUAUACACUGAUCAUCAGGGCACUGAUGAUCAGUGUGCCCUGAUAAUCAGUGUAGCCCCAGCAGUGCCACCUGUCAGUGUCCAUCAGUGCCUUAUGUCAGUGCCUCGUGCCAGUGCUCAUCAGUGCCACAUAUCAGUGCCUACCAGUGCACAUCAAUGCCAUAUAUCAGUGCCCAUCUGAGCUGCCUUUCAGUGUCACCCAUCAGUGCCAGUCAGUGCCACCUAUCAAUGCCAAUAAUUGCCACCUAUCAGUGCCGCCUAUCAGUGCCAGUCAGUGUCGCCUAUCAGUG